GAAGGGGCUGCGCCUGUCCGGUGAGGGACGCGGGAGUGCAGGUAGCUUUUUAAGGAGCGCUGGGGAUGGCGGCGUUGAAGUUUGCGGGUUUGGAUGACACUGACAGCGAGGAGGAGUUGCCUCCCGGCUGGGAGGAGCGCACCACCAAGGACGGCUGGGUCUACUAUGCCAAUCAUCUGGAAGAGAGAACUCAGUGGGAUCAUCCAAAAUCUGGGAAACGAAAAAGAGUUGCUGGAGACUUACCGUAUGGUUGGGAGCAGGAGACGGAUGAAAAUGGACAAGUCUAUUUUGUUGACCAUAUAAACAAAAGGACCACAUACCUUGAUCCCAGAAUGGCAUUCACGGUGGAAGAUAAUCCCAUGAAACCCAACAUGAAGCCGAAGUAUGAUGGCAACACCACUGCUAUGGAAGUAUUAGAAGGCCGAGAUUUGAGUGGCAAAGUGAUCAUUAUCACAGGAGCAAAUUCAGGAAUAGGCUUUGAAACUGCAAAAUCCUUUGCGCUCCAUGGUGCGCAUGUCAUUCUUGCCUGCCGAAACACCUCACAGGCUGAUGAGGCCAUGCACCAGAUCUUGAAAGAAUGGCACAAAGCCAAGGUAGAAGCAAUUGCUUUGGAUCUUGCAUCACUUCAGAGUAUAUGGGAAUUUGCUGAAACUUUCAAAUCCAAGAAUCUAGCUCUCCAUGUGCUGGUCUGCAAUGCUGCUGUUUUUGGUCUUCCUUGGCAAUUGACUGAAGAUGGCCUGGAGAACACCUUCCAGGUGAAUUAUUUGGGACACUUUUAUCUCAUUCAGCUCCUCAAAGAUGUUCUUUGCUGCUCAGCUCCUGCAAGAAUUGUGAUGGUCUCUUCUGAAUCACACAGGUUCACGGAUAUUAAAGACAACUCAGGAAGACUUGACUUCAACUUGCUUUCACCACCAAAGAAAGAAUAUUGGGCUAUGUUGGCCUAUAAUCGGUCUAAGCUUUGCACUAUUCUUCUCUCGAAUGAGCUGAAUCGUCGCCUUUCCCCCCAUGGAGUUAUCUCAAAUGCAGUGCAUCCUGGAAAUAUGAUCUACUCAUCCAUUCAUCACAACUGGUGGGUGUACACCCUCCUGUUUACUCUGGCUCGACCUUUCACCAAGUCAUUGCAACAAGGAGCAGCCACCACUGUCUACUGUGCUGUUGCUGCGGAACUGGAAGGCCUAGGAGGGAUGUAUUUCAACAACUGCUGUCGCUGUUUGCCGUCCGAACAGGCGCAGAAUGGAAUGGCUGCAGCUGCCUUGUGGGACCUAAGCGAGAAGCUGAUCCAAGAAAGAAUUGGCAGGCAGGGCAAGUAACAAGGAGAGCGUCUGGAAAGAUCAAAACACACAGAGUGUAGGGAUAUCUACUCUCAGAUGGGGGUGGUGGAGGUGGGGGUGGUGGAGGAGAAAGAAACCUGCCAACUUUGGAACCUUUCCAAUCCUAUCAUCUAGAAGGUUAGCACUACAGAUUAGUUAGCGUUAAAUGAAAUGAUAGCAAUCAUGACAAGGAGAAAAACAUUAAAGACAGGAGGGAAAUAGAAUGGCACGGGGCUAAUGGAUAGCAUAAUUUUGCCAGGCUUAAUUGUCUUAGCUUUGUUUCUUAUGAUUACACUCUAAACUGAUUUUAAAAAAAAGAUUAGAGAAGGAAAUAUCCAACAGAGACCCUGGAAAAAGUCAGAGAGUAAUUCCAUAUGCCUUUUUUUUAAAAAAAAAGCUGAGUUGCACAUUACAAUUUUGUAAUCGUAAUGCUACUCCCCCACACUUUUCUUGUUUUCAGUGUACACCCAGGAAAAUAAUGUGUGAAGUGCCUAACAGGAUGUUUUAAAGCAGGUAUGCACACCAGGGACAUCCCUGCUCCCUGCUACAAUGGAUAUUUGGUGGCAGGGCUCAGAAAUGGCUUUUAUGCAAUGGGUUGAAUUGGCCCUUGGAGAUGUUUGGUUUCUCUGCCCUGCUUGGAAAAUUUAAAAAAAAAAAGUCACAUAAGACCUAAAAUAACCUCCUGGGAAUUUCAGUUUGUUAUUUGGAUUCUCCUCUCUGAGGAGAGUAGCCCAUGGCUCGUUUUGCUUCCUGCACUUAAUGUUCAGUAAAACAACCCCAAGUAUUAAAUAAUCAAAAAGUCUUCUUGAUAACAAAUGGAAACCACUUUGCCUAAAAGGAGAAGAAUCUCAAAGUCCAGGUUACUCCCAUUCUAGUUAAAUACAUAGUACAAUAUCCAUAAAAUAUGAUAUUAAAAGAUACAUUUGCAAACCAUUCUCUAAAUACUGCAGGGUGAACUUGUCUCUUUACAAACACGUAGGGUGUAAGUAAUCAGAGGGAUUAAAAGUUGGGAAUUUUAAGGAAGGUUGAUGUACAGCAAAUACCACCAGUGGCCCAGUUCACUCAGCAUUAUGUUCAUUCAGUUGUUUGUUUCAAUUUAAAGGUAAUAAAAGAACAUGCUUGAGUACUGUCACCUGAAGAGAAAGUCUGGUUCCUGUGAAUGUCUUAGCUCCUUUUGUUUAUUUUUGUUUGUUUUUUAAGAAAAGAAAACUUGAGGAAAAAUAAAGAAUUCUUCAACGCCAUGAAAAUCCACUUUUUUUUUUCCUUGUUCUAUCCCAAGUCCAUUUGUCUGUAGGUUUUUAUUUUUCCCCCAUUAUUUUGUGCUUUGUAGCUUUACUCUUCAUGCCAGGAAAUUGUUGUAAGCCAUCUGCAAACCAGCAUCGCAUUUUCUGCAAUAAAGAAACAGAUAAAAGAA